AUGGUCAACGUACCGAAGACAAGAAGAACCUUUUGUAACGGCAAGUGUCGUAGGCACACCGUUCACAAGGUUACGCAGUAUAAGAAGGGCAAAGAAUCAGUUUUUGCUCAGGGGCGACGACGUUACGAUUCUAAGCAGAAAGGUUUCGGUGGUCAGUCCAAGCCUAUUUUUAGGAAGAAGGCUAAAACCACUAAAAAAAUUGUAUUGAGGAUGGAGUGUACGACUUGUAAACACCGAAAACAAGUACCUAUUAAGCGCUGCAAACAUUUUGAACUUGGUGGACAAAAGAAGGCUAGAGGACAGGUGAAGUGUCGCCUUUCAUUUGGAUCCUUAAGGAUGUAUUUCAUCACUUACAGAGACAGACCCGAGGAGCAUUUAUUCGAGUUUUCAAGCAUGGGAGAUUCAGUUUCAAUAGGUCGGGAUAAGCGAGCAUGUAAGAUUUGUCUUGGGGCGAAGGCUGCUGGCGUAAGCCGCAUACAUUUGGAUAUCGAGUUGAAAGUAGUCGAUGGAGAUGAAGUGGCAAGUCUUUCUGUAGCCUUAUAA